AUGGAGUACGAUCUGACACAGAAGACGCUGCCCUUUUUGGACCGACAUCUCAUCUACCCUCUGCUCCAGUUCCUCAAGGGCCGAGGUGUUUACAACGACACAGAGCUGCUCCAACUCGAGUAUGACCUGCUCAAGGACACCAACAUGACCGACUAUCUGGUGGAGCUGAGCAAGGAGCUUGGCCAGAACGAUGCCGAUCUGCAGGCAAAGAAGGAGAACGUUGUCAAGACCCUGGCCGAGCUGGAGGAGGCCACCAAGCCCGUGUUUGAGGUGCUUGAGAACCCCGAGGUGGUUUCCGAGCUCAAGGAGAACAAGACCCAGAACCAGGCUCUGCUGACCUCAAAGUACGGUCUUUCUGUCGAGCAGAUCAAUCUGCUCUACAAGUUUGGACAGUUCCAGUACAACGCCGGCCGAUACCAGGCUGCCUCCGACAUUCUGUACCAUUUCCGAGCUCUGUCCACCGACCCCGAGCUGGUUGCAUCUGCCACUUGGGGCCGUUUCGCCUGCGAGAUCCUCACCUCUCAAUGGGACAGCGUUCUUGAGGAGCUUGGAAAGCUGCGAGACUCCGUUGACUCGCGAUCUCUGGACCCCCAGCAGCAGCUGCACCAGCGAAUGUGGGUCAUCCACUGGUCUCUUUUCCCCUUCUUCCAGAACGACACCAAGGGUAAGGAUGCUCUGUGCGACCUCUUCUUCUCCUCUUCCUACAUCUCCACUAUUCAGGCCGCUUGUCCUUGGAUUCUGCGGUACCUGGUGGUUGCUGUGAUUGCCGGCGGCCAUCCUCACACUGCUUCUGUCUUCCAGAAGCGACUCAAGGACCUCGUCCGAGUCGUUGGACAGGAGGAAUACGAGUACCAGGACCCCCUUACCCGAUUCGUCAAGUCUCUGUACAUUGACUACUCCUUUGAGGAUGCCCAGAACCAGCUUGCUGACUGUGAGAAGGUGCUGAAGCAGGACUUCUUCCUCGCUGACUCCGCUGACGCCUUCCUCGAGUCUGCCCGAAAACUUAUGUCCCAGGUCUACUGCCGAGUUCACCAGCGAGUUGACAUUGCUCAGCUGUCUCAGACCCUCAACCUGUCCCAGGAGCAGGGCGAGAAGUGGAUUGCCAACCUCAUCAAGGACUCUCGAAUGGACGCCAAGAUUGACGAGAGCGACUCCACCGUCAUCCUCAACCACCCUUCGGUGUCGGUCUACCAACAGGUCAUCGAGAAGACUAAGGGGCUGACCUUCCGGUCUUCCCAGGUUCUCAACCAGGGAGUUACCAUCUAG